AUUCAUAAAUUUGUUUCGAGUUUAGAACGACUGUUGUUCCAUCGUCCAUAAGAUUGCUUGUAAAGAUGGUAGAUAAAGUCGUUGACAGGGAUGAUAAUUCAAAAGUUGCAAUUAUUAGAGAAGUAUACGAUAGUGAAAAUGCUCACGAAACUUUUGAGUACGAGUUAGAAAGAGCUCUCGAAUCUGAAUGUACUUUAAUUAUUAUCGAACCAUCAAAAUUAGGAGAUGAAACUUCUAGGUGGAUAACAGUAGGAAAUUGUCUUCAUAAAACUGCGACGCUUUCUGGCUUAACCGCCAUCACAACAGGUCUUAUAUGGGGCGAUCGACCAUAUAUUUGUGGCACAUUAGGUUUUGUAUCGCUUAUAACCUGUGGACUUUAUACGUUAUCUUGGCAGUUUGAUCCAUGCUGUCAAUACCAAGUAGAAACUGACACGAGUAAGCUACCACAUAUGGAAGUGUUAGCUAUCUUAGGCCCCUCAUCGCCAACGUUCCUUGUGAGAAAGGACGAUACAAGGAGACGAAUUCUUCAUGCGAGUGUUACACUGGCAGCAAUUAGCAUUAGCGCAUGGAGAAUUUAUCAAGCUUUUAAAUGAAGUUUUAAUUGUUGAAAAUGAAUUAUAUCUUGUUUUUAAAUUGAAAAGCAACAACAUAAAGGCCGUGCAAUACAUCAUCCACAAUAGAAUCAGCAUGGCCUAGCAUAGGAUUCUUUAUAUUAGAAGAAAUACAGAAUCACAUUUGCUUUACAGUGAAGACUUUAUACCACAUCAAAAGUGUAUCUUCAUCUGACUAUUGCAUUUAGCUCCAGACAUAAUCUUCAGAGUUAUAGGUGUUUUUACUCUGUGAUCCGUAAUUUACCGAUUUAACUACAAUCAUUUUUUUGUCACAAAUCAAUUUGAAAAAUAUUCCUAAUGAACUAAAGUAAUAUGUGUUCUCUUAAAAAUAUACAAAAUUACAACUUUAAAUCCUAGAAGUUAAAUAUAGCAUUAUGUAUUUUUAGAUUGUAAAUAAUAUAGGUAGAUUGCACAGAACGCGAGAAUAAAAAAAAGUAACGUUUCCUAGAGUUUUUCAUUUUAUAAAAUUAACCAGAAUUAAAGCGAACGAUUGUGUUCCUGUGCAUAAUAAUUGUAAAUGAUAGUGUUAUUCUAUACUCCAAAAUAUUUAAAUAAUAUAACAUUCAUUUUGUGUUAAUAUAACAUCAUAUUGUGUUUUCAGUAAAUAAUUUUUUUCAAUUAAAAUGAAACAACAAAUUUUGGGUAAAUAAAUAUUUACUCAAAAAGGCAUACUAAGCUUCAUAAUUUAGCCCUAUAAAAAGUGCAUUACAACAUUCCUACAAUAAAUGAUGAAGGAUUCGAAAAGUUCUUGGACCUAACAUAAAACAUUUUUAUCUUGAAGCUUGUAGAAAAGAAUUAUUUUUCUAUUUGUAUUUCAACAUUAGGCCUCUUACUUAAAAUUAAAAUAUGGAUUGCUUAGGUAUUUAAAAUAAAAUAUGCCGAGUAACGUAUAAACAUAACAAUUAUAAAUCAAAGAAUUCGUAUAUCUUUAUGGCCAAGUAUUCUGGUGUUCUAACAUUCCAAUUAACACAAAUGUCUUGAUAAAUCUGAUGUCUCUUAGAACAUGAACAUUGACAUAUUAAUGAUAUUUUCAUAUUAAUUUCUUUUUUAAAUAAUUUAAAAAAUUUCUAAUUUUUUAUGACAAAUAAAACUCUAAUCGAUGUUAGAUAAAGGCUGACCUGUUAAUUUUACUACAAACAAUUUUUGUUCACGUUACUAUAUGAAAAAAAACCUUUAUUUUAUCAAUAUAAAACAAAAUUCUGAAUGUCUUCUGAAACGAGGGAAACGAUAUACUGUCAAACAAAUAUUAAAUCGAACAGUAAAUUUACUUAUACGUA